AUGGUUUCCCAAACAGAGCCCAGCAACGAGUUCCAGGUUGUUUCGCGGGCCAAGCGACCGCAACGGCCCGUCGACGUGUUUGCUCGGGCAAAGUCGAAUCUUGCACGGCACGAAACAGCACUCAGCAAAAGCACGUUUUUUCUCGAGCUGGUUUCGAAACUCGACAGCUGGAAACUCCAAAACCGCACAGAUUGGUCCUGUUUGCGGUGUCUCGCGCUCGGCCAGCCCGUUGAACACUCCCAGGCGCUUUACCAGCUCGCGUUUCUUAAUCUACUCGCUAAAAGAUACAAUAUCCGGUCGGUUUCGCUAUACGAUCCAGCAUUCACCAAACAGGACGAGCAGUUGCUUUGUGAUUUGGAUUACAAAGUCGAGGAGUUCUUUGAGGAGAAAGAAACCGACUCUAUUCUUUUCUACAUCCCACACUCGCCAAUAAGCCUGUUGGAAACGGUGUUCCUGACCCGGCCAAAAUGGAUCAUCACUAACGAUGUCUCUCUAUACACAAACAAGUACACCUCGAAAGAGUACAAGGACAAAUAUCCGCAGUGUGCCACCAUCUCGCACAAUAUAGGCCGUACAAAAGACGACGGGUUCACCGUGGUGGCCAGUAAGAAGAAAAAAGUGCAGGUGAAAACAGAUUUCCCCAAACUCGCUCUUUCUGUCCAGAAACUCGGCCCCGACUCGUCCAAUCAGUGGGGUAAUGCAUUCAGUGAUCUCUGCUUGUAUUUAUUUAGCGCAUGA